GUAUAACUUAUCGUCAACAAGUGGAACAAGAGUUUAUAUUGAUUUGGACAUUCCUGAGACUGCUGAAUUCAAAGAUCAGCUGGUGGAAAAUAACCAACCAAUAGUACAAAUGCCCAAGCAAUUCAAACCACAAGUAUCAAUUGAAGAAGAGAUGAACAUCAAUAGAAGAACCAUAACUGAAAUCAAAGAAGUUAUGUGUGACUCUGAUAAUAAGGAAACAAUCUUUACCUGUGAAGGAAAGAUUAUAAACAUUGACAUAGAUCGUCAUGGUUGGUACUUUAUCUCUUGCGAAGUAUGUCGUAGAAAGGUAAACUCAAAAGAUGAAUUUUUAUGGUGCGACAAUUGCAACAAAAAGGCAUGCUUCCCAAUCCCAAGGUAUAGAAUUCAAUUAAAGGUUAAAGAUAGCUCAGGAAUGGCCACAUUCAUUUUAUUUGAUUCAGAAGCAGAAAAAUUACUCAACAUAUCAGCCAAAGACCUUUUGAAUAAAUCUUUAGAGGAGCCCGAUGAAGUCAUCCUUCCUGUGCAAAUAGAAAAUCUAAAAGGAAAACAAUUUGUUUUCCAAAUACAACUAAAUAACUAUAAUCUCAACUAUGGAUGGGAAUUCUUCACUAUCAAGAAACUUUUCGACUCUUUUGAAGAAACUGACAAAGCAAUUCAGCUUGAUAAAAUGACAGAAGUUUACAUCAGUGAUUCUUCAAAUGAAUGUAGCAACAACUUAUCAAUUGAAGAAGAUGGUGAUUGUACAACAUUUCAAAAACUUGAUGUUCAAACCAAUGUGCAGCUCACACCAACAUCUGUACUCAAGGAAAAUAAAAGGGCAUAUUUAGGGACAACUACAAAGCAACAAAGGAAGAAGAUACAAAAAAAACUUUAAAGUUGUCUUUCUAUCUCUAAGAUUUUCUAUGCACAAUUUGGUUUUAAUGAAUUUGUGAUUUUGAUACUAGAGACGUAUUGGAAC